AUGGCCAAAACCGUGAAUCUCAGCAAGUCGAGGGUGGUCCCUCGGAAUGCGUGCCGCGAGGGCGAGGGUCCAACAGGAUACCAUCAACAUUGUGUUACCACCAACGACACGAUGAGAGAACGGGCAAACGGAAAAAGGAAUGAUCAGCGACGAUCGCCGUGGACAAUGCCAGAUCAACUAACGACACAUCUCGACGCUUACUGUAGGCUGAAGUACUGCGACUGGUUAGCGCGGGAAUACCUACGCUGCUGCGCUUUCGUUGACGGUGGCUUUACACGACGAAUGAUAGGUUACAUGCAACAGGAAGAGGAAUGGGACCGCGAGGGUUUGCUUGACCCUGCGUGGGAGAAGCAGCAGAAGAAGCCGUUUUUUGCGGCUACUUUACGCACGACCAAGGUAUGUGCGGGAUACGUUUUUGCGCCGGCUUUCAUAGGUGCUGGCAUUCUUAGCUUCACGUCUUCCAACCGACCGAACAUCGAGCAAAAUUAUCAUCGCCUCCUCUUCCUCAUCCGGAGGUUAUUAUCCGCCUGUCUGUUCAUUCGUCUUCGCUCUUCCUGUUGUCGUCGUGUGACGUGCUGUUGAGG